AUGCUGACACAAACCCUGACGUUGGGUUCCUUGCUUCUCGUUUCAUCGUUACCAGGCCUUGCAAGCGCGCGAAAAUCGUCCCAGUUCUCCAACCCCAUUCUCCCUGGUUUCCAUCCUGAUCCCAGCUGCACAUUCAUCUCAGAGGAGGAGACAUUCUACUGCGCGUCGUCCAGCUUCAAUGCCUUCCCCGGCAUCCCCAUCCAUGCAAGCAAAGAUCUGACGACAUGGCGUCUCGUCGGGAAUGUCCUCAACCGCGAAAGCCAACUGCCUGAGCUUGCGGUGUCCGUCGGUGGGACAAGCGGGAUCUGGGCGCCCACGCUGAGGUUGCGAGAUGGCACGUGGUAUCUCGUGACUACGAUGGUGCAUGACAAGAAGGCAGCGGAUGACCCUACACGUUGGCGGAAUAUCAUAUUCACUACACAAGACAUCUGGAACGAAAGUAGCUGGAGUGACGCUGUACACUUCGACUUCGAGGGUUACGACACAAGUCCUUUCUGGGACGAUGACGGAACUUCGUACAUGGUCGGAAGUCAUGCGUACAAAGUAGAGCCAGGCAAUCACCUUGCCAAAGUCAACCUGACAACUGGCGAGCUUCAGAGUAACUGGACUAAUCUGUGGGCUGGUACUGGAGGUCUUGCACCUGAAGGACCGCAUCUUUAUCGAAAGGAUGGGUAUUACUACUUGAUGAUUGCAGAAGGCGGAACUGGUCUUGGCCACAUGGAAACCAUUGCCAGGUCAAGGAAUUUAUACGGUCCCUACAAGCCCAAUCCCGCGAAUCCAAUCCUGACGAAUGCAAAUACUACGGAGUACUUCCAAACCAUCGGCCAUGCGGACCUCUUCCAAGACGCCCGUGGCAAGUGGUGGUCCGUCGCGCUGUCGACAAGAGGCGGUCCAGCUUUCAAAGUCUACCCAAUGGGACGAGAGACAGUCCUCACAAACGCAACUUGGGAUAAAGGAGCUUGGCCUGUAAUACACAACCCCGUCAGGGGCGUGAUGACCGGAUGGCCAUUGCCUGAAUCGGGCCAGAAUCUUCCUGGUGAUGGUCCACUCGUUGACCAGGGCGACGAUAAUCUAAGAUUCCCCCAUGGCUGCCCACUACCGCCGCACUUCCUCCACUGGCGCCUGCCUAUCAAGGAGAAUUAUAUCGUCUCACCGCCAGACCACAGUAACUAUCUCGGUCUCAAGCCCUCCAAGCUCAACCUCACCGGCGUCGACGGAAACUCAGCACCAGGCGGCCAAACCUUCGUCGGCAGAAGACAAGUCGACACCCUCUUCAUGUACCGCGUUGUUGUUGAUUACACACCCAAAGAGGCACAAGAAGAAGCAGGCGUUGCGCUAUUCUUGACGCAGAACCACCACGUCCGCCUCGGCCUGACUCUUCUUGCGGCUUCAAACACGUCUACGAACCUCACACCUCAUUUCCGCUUCACGACCGAGCCGUAUUCGUCGGCUGCCCCGCCAUUCAGUGUACCCGUUCCAGCCUCGCUCCAAAAUACGCGUUUGACGAUGGAGAUAAAGGCAGUGAACGAAUCACACUUCUCUUUCGCAGCUGGUCGCGCUGACGGUGAGGAACUCACCGUUUUGGCGCAUGCACCGGGGGAGAUUGUAAGUUGGGGCUUCACGGGGACGCUCGUCGGCGUAUAUGCGACAAGCAACGGGGGCAACGGAACAGAGACAGCUUAUGUGAGCAACUGGACGUAUCAAGGUGAGGGGCAGAUCAGGAGUAACUCGAGUUCCGCGAUACACUCGUAA